AUAAUGGUUGCGUCGAACAUUCCAAGCGAGCGGGAAGCAACGCCUUGCUUCCUGAUUUAAAGGAUCAAAACGUUAACUCAGAACAGAAGAUGUCCUUGAAACCGAAACUUGUAAUAAUUAUUCAAUUAAUUAUGAUACAGAGAAUGCAGAUUAACAGAAAACAAGUAUUUGAAAGCAACUGAACAAAAAACAAAAUGGAUGUCAUGUACACGACUUUGCUUGAAGUGUGUGAUGUGUGUGGCAAUCAGCACCCUACAGAGUCCUGUCCAGAACUAGGACUAGAUACAACAGGAUUGGUAGGAGAGACCAAAUCAAGGGCACGGUUGACUUUACCUGAUUUCCUGUUCGAAAUAGAUAUAGCUGGGGAAGUAGGAGUGUUCACACGGGACUCGAUACUACAAAAGAAGACACAGUUUGGGCCAUUUGAAGCGAAGAAGACUACACAUGAGUUCAGUGAUGAAGGUGUAUUUAUUCUUAAGGUGACAACAAAGGAUGGAACCUGUAUAAGUCUUGACACGACCAAUGAAAAUGACUGUAACUGGAUGUGUUUGAUCCGUGCCGCACUCACAACCGAGGAACAGAAUUGUAUUGCUUACCAGAUGGGAAUGAAUUUGUACUACAGUACCACAAAGGAUAUAGUCCCAGGGACUGAGCUCCGUGUGUGGUACGCCCCUGCCUAUGCCCGUAGGAUCGGGAAACCUGAGCGACCAGAUGGUGUCAGUAAGGUAAUGCUGGGUAUGAAAGUGAUUUACCCCUCUGUGGAAUACCUGCCAGACACAGAACAGACGGAGUCUUAUGUUGAUAAAGAAACAGAAGAUGGAUCGGAGGUACCUUCUGCUACAAGGGAAGAGGUCGCGCCUAGCUAUCUUUGUAAACGCUGUGGUGAUUGCUUCGAAACAGAAUCAUGUUUGGCACUGCACCUUCGUCAACACAUUAUACCAGGAUAUUCCCCCGUAACAUACAGAAAACACCGAAAAACCUUCAGACAUUUAACAAAGAAAAGAGGGAGAAAACCUAAAAAGUUAUUGUUAACAAUUGAAAGAAAGAAAGUUAAAAGCACUGAAGAGAUUGAGCAUGACACAGAAUCAGACACUGUGGGAGUUGAGGAAUCACUCAAGGACGAGGGAGAAAAAGAAGGAAACAGUGAUGAAGAAUUUACACCAGUCAUAAUCUCUUCUACAAAAAUUAAAAAUGAAGGCCGACGUAUUCAACCAAGACGAAGUCUAAAGGGCAUUCGAACGUCGGGCUUUGAAGCAGACGAGAACUUUGUGUAUGUCAAAAUAAAAACUGAGAAACCUGAUGAUGGUUAUGGAGGCUCGUCCAGUAAAAAUAAGGAAGGGGAAGAAAGUAUUGACGUUGUUCCUCCUUGUGAAACACCUGCUAAUCCUGUAAAGGAAAAAGGAGAAGAUGGUAUGGAAGUGAAGACACCUCCUGCUAAACGAAGGAAAAGGGGGCGACCCCCAAAAGUCAAAGUUACAGAAACCUUAGCAGUAGAAAACUCUCCUCAAACAUCCUCAAACAAAGAUCAUGUUGGCAGGCAAGAAAGCCUACCAGAGGAAACAGAUGCUGAUAAAGAGAAAGCCGUAACAGUAGAGAAUGAAGCUGUCAAUAAAGACACCAUCUUGAACUCAGAAAAGGAUGAGAGGUGUGACCCAGAUGAAAAAAAUGAUCAAAACACAACUAAUACAGCAGAAAUUACAAAUAUAAGAAAUAUUGCUCAGGCUAAAGAUGAUAUUAAAAGUUGUCUCUCACCGACAAAGGACGAAAAUGAAAAUCAGUCUUGUCACACUGGUUCUGGAGAACAUGUUGAUACAACUGCUUUGAGCAAAAAUGAACAAGAAAUAAAGAUUGGGAUUCAUGAGAAUGGUGGUCCAUCAUAUGAGGACAACGACUUGUCAACACAUACUGAAACCAUGGAAGCUAGCUCUGUCAUUAAAACGCAAUCAAGUGGUGAAACAACUAUGGUAGAAACUUCAUCAGAUUUGAUUGAACCAGUGGAGGAACAUACUGAUGACACAGAUUCUAAUGGCAAUUUAGUAUCAGGCCAUGUUGGAGAUAGUAGCGCGUCUGCUAGCAACACUGACGGUAUACAUGUUCCAACCGUUGAAUCCAUUGCAAAUAUGACUGUUGAUGACGAUCUGCAAAAUAUUCUGGACGAGUUGGACAAGACUGACCGAAAUGUGCAAAGCAACUCUCCAUCACUGAGUAAGGAGUCCGAUUUAUCUGUAAAAAAGAAGGAAAUAUUGACCAGGAGUGAAUUAACAGAGACAUUAACACAGCAAGAAAAAGAAGUAGCGGCAGACAAGGAUACUCAAACUCCCCCCGACGUUGAUGAGGAGAAAUCUACUGACGACAAAGAAGAAGAAAGUAUCGUUCCUUUCAUUCAACCUGGAGAUGAACCCGAGGGAGAGCAGAGUGAUCCCUCCACGAUGCCCUUCCACGACUACGUGGUAAAGCUGGUGAAAAGUACGGAUGAGUUGGAGGAAAAUGCUUCGAAUGACGAAGCAUCGAAAUUGUUAUCAACGGACAAAAUGAUAGUAGAGGUUGAUAGCAAAGAAGAUUAUGUUAAGUACAUGGAAGUUGAAGAUACCGAAGAUGGAAAACAUUACAUAUGCACAUUGUGUGAUAAAAAAUUUCUACACGAGAAAUAUCUUCGACUUCACUUUCCUGUACAUACCGGAAAGUUCAAGUGUAAAAAAUGUGGUGCCAAAUUCUGUAGGAAUGACACACUGAAACGUCACCAAUGCAUAUAUAGCACCAAGGGAACUAAUUCACAAAAAGAAUCCAUGUUAGCGACAUGCGAUAUUUGUAAUCAACAGUUUGCCAAUGAAAAAUAUCUAUUUAGACACUAUGCUAUUCAUACAAAUAUAUUCCAGUGUCUGAAAUGUCACAAGUCCUUCUCUCGGAAGGAUUCUCUUCAGAGACAUAUAUUAAAAUGUUGUCCCGAGGAAGCAGAAAACUAUUCAGUUUUCUUUUGUAGAAAAUGUCAGAAAACCUUUGCCACCAAGCUUGGUCGAGAUAACCACGAGACUCACUGUAAGCAGAAGAUGUGCGACCUAUGCCAUAGCGUAUUUUCGUCGGAAAUCCUCUUCAGUGCACACACGUGUCAAUUUAGAUACGAAUCUAGUCGAAAUAAUAGCGUCAAAUAUAACUGUAGUCAUUGUCCGAAAUCGUUCAGUAACCUCAACUACCUUAAACAACACCUUCAACUCCACGAAGGAGGGUAUAUCUGCGAGCUAUGUGGACGAAAGUUAAAGACCAAGGAAGAAAAGGAUGAACAUGAGAUGAUGUGCACGGCGUCUUCCGUUAUACAGAGCGAAGGCAAGACUGCAUGUCCGACCUGUGACCUUUCUUUCUCCGACAUCAAACUGUACAGGGAGCAUUACCAUUCCCAUACUCACCCACACCAAUGCUCAAAAUGUCUAAAACGGUUUGUAAAAAUUGGCAGUCUACACAGCCACGUUUGUUCUAUCGAGGAAGAUAGAAACAUGCUAUUUUCAUGUACCAUAUGCAAUAAAGAUUUCCGCAACGAGCGCAUGCUAAUGCGACACAAGGAAAUUCAUCAGGACCAUAAAAUUCAGUGCCAGCAUUGUAGUAAAAAGUUUUACCGAAAGGAUUGCUAUUUGAAGCAUGUCUGCAAGGAAGCGGACGGAUCUGAAAUGGAUGUGGGUAGAAAUGCUGAACUUCGAGCCCAGCAGGAAAAACUUGUUUGCCAUAUCUGUGGUAAAAACUUCGUCAGUUCUAGUAACCUGAACAAGCAUAUGAAAGUUCACGGAGAAAAGACAUGUGUUUGUCAUAUAUGUAACAAGAAGUUUCAUUAUUUUGAAUAUCUUCGCGUCCAUCUCGAUGGAUUCCACAACAAAAAACACCAGUUCCAAUGUUCAGAGUGUGGAAAGAUUUUGACAUCCAAACCAGGUCUCACGUCUCACAUGAGACAGUUUCAUUCCGACGAGAAAGAGACACAUGCAUGUCCAACGUGUGGCAAGGUCUUCAGUCAGAAAGGCAACAUGAAAACGCAUAUGUAUUCUCAUACAAAAGAACGAGGAUUCCAGUGUACUUUCUGUACAAAAGCGUUCAAGUAUCCGGAUCAGCUGAACCGGCACAAGCUUAUCCACACGAUGCAGAACAAACUUCAGUGUGAUCAUUGUGAUAAGAAGUUUACUAAGUUGUACGACCUAAAGAAACACUUCGAACUGUUCCACAGCGGUAUGAUGUACGUCUGUGAUGUCUGUGGUGCGCGAACUGGACACAGACACACAAUGGUACGACAUUACAAAAGAAAACACCCUGAGACAGCCGAACAGGCGAAGGAACCAUCUUACCUAGAUUCUCUGUUUAAACAUGUAGAUAAAGAGCCAGUCGUUACCAAUGAAGAAAUAAUAGAGGAUCAGCUUACGGAUGGAAUGCAAGUUAAUAAUGUCUCCAAUUUGAUUUGUGCAGAGGAAUUUGUACCACAGUCGGCUGCAGAAGUAUUACAGAGUCUGUCGAACACUGCCGUAGGCGGUGAUCAACCUAUUAUUGUAGCCGACGGCGCUACUGUUAUUCAAAAUCCUGACGGCACUAUCUCCAUGCCUGGCCAGGAAGGUACUUUCAGCAUACAGAACAUCCAACAGACCGUAGAGGGCCCAGAUGGUCAGUCCACAGUGGUCAUUCUACAAUUUGUCAGUCAGCAGGAUCAGGAAGGCGUCACUCAACAACAGGAGGUACAAGUACAGGAGAGCGACACACAAGUCAUAACGACUGGUGCUGUCCAAGGUCCUAGCGAGGAGGUUGAGGCAUACGUACAGUCGUAUGUGGUUAGUGGCGACCAUCUGCAAGAGACUGUUUGAUACACUAAUACCUGUGCUUGGUAAGCUUUAAGGUUAAUGAGCAGCUACAGAAGUAGAUUAGUGUAACAAGGUGUCAAUACAAACACAACUACCAAAACCACUGCAAACAUACCCUAUUCUCAUUUGUAGAUAUUUAAAUUGAUCUUUCUCUGAUGCGAGUUCAUUUUUAAAUUAUUUUUCUGACUUUCUUUUUGUAUAAAUUCCAAUUUAUCUUUCUCUGAAGUGAAGUUAUCUUGUAAUCAAAAACCUGUUCGAUUUUAUAUGUAAAUUUUACACAUCCAUGGAAGCCUGAUACAGAUACCGACCGAUUCCUACCAACUUUUUGAUAUCCCGAAUUCAUAUGAAAUUUUUUGCAUUGUUAAAAUGGAUUCAUGUGCAUUUAAAAAAAAAUUUAAAUGCUGUCAAUCAAAAGACUGCUAUAUGGCUUUAUUCUGAAUCAUGAUCACCGGACAUACCUGUCGUUAAGUGUUUUGUUUAAUUAUGUUUCUCUUACACGGGCAUGAUAUGGUUGGCUUGGGGGGCAAUGCUAAUAUGGUAGUACAGUGAAACCUGGCGUAACCGAUCACUGAUUUAAACAACUCACUGUAACAUCGAACUAUCAGCCACAUGCUCAACUGCCAUUGCCGAUACUGAUUUUUACCCACACAUUGACCCAGUUCAAUACAGUGUCGGUAAACUCAGGUUUCACUGUAUAUAACGAUAUUCUAAAGCAUGCAUUUUAGAGAAGUUUUGUAAACUAGCUGAAUGUUUUUUGUGUCUUUUCCUUAUAUAACACAGAGGUUCUGAACGAAGGUUACCUUUUGUGUAAAUAUCAACGUGACGUUUUUAAAAUGUAAUAUAUUUUGGUAAAGAAUUUAGUGAAAUUACUGACAUUGAGAGUACUCGGAUGUACAUGUAAUAGGCCUCUUUUAUCAGUAAAUAUAUAGAUAGUGUGUAUUUGAACAAAAAUGCUUAAUAUAAAACAUCAACAGAAUAUCCUCCGGUCGAGAAAGACAAAAUAUGAAGGUCACAUCAAAAAUUCAUAUUAGUGUACAUAUGUACCAACGUUCCUGAUAUUGAUAUUUUUCAACAAAACCCGUUGUAGUUACUAUCUCUGUUAUAAAUAACUCCCGUGUUUUCAAGUUCUUUCAUACAUGUAUAUAUGUACUGUAUAUAUUUUUCAUUUGAAUAAAAUUCAGACAAAGUU